AACUGUGUGGCGUGUGUGGCAGGGCGCGGGGGGCAUGCAUUGUGGUGCAAGAGGCGAAGUCACAGACAUGAUUUACAAUCUACACGUGAUGGGACAUGUUUGGAAGUGUUGCUUGUCCAGAAUUCAGUGAAUUCUUCCAGUAGCGGAGGCACCACGGCCAUGUCUGGGGAGGGGCGGCCAGUCACCAGGAUCCCCAGCAUCUUUGAUUCAGACGAUGACAGCGAAGAUGACUCAUGUUCACCUAUGACCUAUCGUGGCAUCACCACCACCGCCACAACAACCACCGCCACUAAGCCUGUCACCGAGAGCCAGCCUGAGCCAGCUCCUCCACCCCCUGAACAGCCUCAGAGUCUCUCCUCAAAUUCGGAAAGUGAUGGAGAGUCCCUCAGUCCGAAGCCAGAGGAACCCAAGGAGGUGAAGGCCGCAGUCAGCAGCCCACACGCCCAGUCAUCGAGUGAGGACAGUGAGGACUCGGAGGAUGGGUCAGGGGAGAAGGACCUUGUGUUCUCAAGCAGGGAGGAGAAAGCAGAUGAUGAUGUAACAUUGAUGGCAAAUGAUGAAGAUGACAUAAACAUCAGCCACUCGAGCCCAGAGAAUCAGGAUGGGAGUGAGGAUGAGGAAGACGAUAGUAGCAACAGUGAUGACGAUGAUGAUGAGAGUGACGAUGACCAGGAUCGUAGUGGCUCCAGUGUUGAGUAUGAAGGGGCUGUGCUGAGUGAGGAUGGAGGCAGUCAUGUUGUGUACAGCCCAGCAAUGCCACUCAGCAUCAAGAUCACCACUGGGAAGAAAGGGGAAUUUGCCAUCAGACAAGAGACAAGCUCCUCCAAGUCACCAUUCCGAGCUGAGAGCAAAGAUGAGGAGAGAAGAAGCAGAUCAGAUGAGAAGGAAAAGCUUAGAAUAGAAAAGGAAAAGAAAAGUCAGGUUCUUGAUGAAAAGGAUGAUGAGAAAAUGGAACCAGUAGAAAGCAGGAAGGAAGAUGAAAUGAUAGUUGACAAAAGGGAUAAAAUGGAAGUUGUACAUGAAAAGGAAAACAGCAAGUGUCAGGAGAGUAGCACCCACAGCACACCAGUUCAUGAGAAAAUUGAAGAGAGAAAUGAAACUGAAGAGGAACCAUGCAAGAUCUUAAGUGCUGAAGAAAAGAAGGAAGAAGAGGAAGAGGAGGGGGAAGAGGACACUGUGAAAAUUGAUGAGGAAAGUGUACACUCAGAACCAGAGGAAAGCAAAGAUGAAAAACCUUUGGAAGACCUUGAAACUGAAGACACAGACAGUACAAAAGGGGACACAACAGACAGCAGCAAAAGUACGAAUACCAAGUCAUCAGACAAGAGUGAGGUUGAGCCCAUGGAAGUAACAAUGAAAGAAGACGAAGAUGAAGACAGUGGGAAACAAGAAACGACAGAAGCCCAGAAGGAAAGUGAUGAAAGUGACACUGGAACCUUGGAAAUGGAAACGAAUAAGCCACAGGAACCAGAAAAGGAGAAAAAACCAAAGAAGAAUGAGGACAAAGAAGAGGAAGAACCAAUGGAAGUUGAAGAGGAAGAGGAGGAGGAUGUAAGAAAAGAAGUAAAGAAUGAAGGAGACACUGAUAAACAGGAAGCAGAAAAGGAAACUAAAAUGGAGGAGGAGGAAGAAGAGACUGCUAAAGAAUCCCAUCAUGAUAUAGAAACCACAACAGAGAAGGAGGAGGAGGAGAAGGUGAAAGAAACAGAUGUGAAAAAGGAUGAUGACAAGAUGGAAAACAAAGAAGAGAAACAAACAUCUGCAUCCUCUAACACUGAAAAGGAGAAGGAAGAAAAAGUGAAGGUGGAAGAUGGGGAGACAGAUAUGGAGGCGAGAGAAUGCGUGGAUGAAGAUGACAACGUGGUGGAGGUGAAGGAGGAGGUAAAGGAGGAGACAAAGAGUGAUGCAAGGUCUAAGGAGUCUUCACCAGCACCUCAACCACCAGUGCCACCUAUUGCCACAAUGCUGGACUCCGAGACAGACUCCGAAGCCUCAAUGGAUGCGAUGAAGGCUCAGGACAUCAUCACAGCAGCAGCAGCCAAGAGAACCAAGGUGCCCCUCAGAGUGGAGGACGUCUACUUGGACUCAGAGGAGGACAGCCAGAACCCAACAAAACUACAAGGAGAGGGCAGGGCUAGUGGUGGUGAUGGCGGCGGUCAUGGUGGUGGUGAUGGCGGUGGUGAGCGAGGCAGGCAGUCGGCAAUGACCAGUGAGACUGACUCUGUGGACCCUGAAGACCAGCGGGACUGCCUCUCUCAGCACAGCAGCUCUAGGGCCAGCAGCACCGACCUCUUCAUCAAAGUGUCGAGCUGCAGCCCACGAGCCGAGUCUCCAAGCGACAUCCAGGCAAGUGCCCGUCUAAGCUCCCGCACCAAGAAGACCCACGUCCCAACACCUGCUGACCUAGCCAAUUAUCUGGAGGCUUUCAAGCAAGGCUGGCGGCGAGAGAUUGUCUUCCGAGCCACACAGAAUCCAACCAAGGCGGGAGGAGCAAGGGCAGACAUCUACUACUACUCCCCCUCAGACAAGAAACUUCGCUCCCGUGUUGAGAUUGAGGACUACUUGUUCCGAGCUGGCAUCAAGGACCUCACCCUCAAGAACUUCACGUGGAUCAAGGAGCCCUUGGGAGUGUCUGAGGAGUACGAGCAGAUCCGACACGCCUCAAAUAAGAAUGUCGGUGGUGCUGCAGGACCUCCUCGCCGUAAACAAGGCCAAGGCACACCCAGCUCCUCACCCUCCUCUACGCCAAAAUCCUCAGCAUCCUCACAGGUCCUCAGCGCACCCAAGGCUUUACCAGUCGUCACUAUCACCUCCAUCACCAAGACCCCGCCAGUCAAGUCACCACACACUACAAGAGCACCAUCAGCACCAUCUGUCCCAUUGUCAGCACCACCUGUCCCUGCUUCCCCAGUGGUCACAAGUACACCAGUCACCACCUCUAUUCCUGCUGCUGUGGUGACAUCAGUGAAUGUGACCAGCACCACCUCUGUCAAGCCUUCCUAUGUAUACGAUAUGCAGGUGCCAAAGAAGAGAGGAAGGGGACGACCUCGCAAGAAUCCUGAAGAGGCACAGCAGAAACGAGCACGCAUGAGGACCACGCCUGUCGUUCCCAUAAUGAUGAAGAAGGGCGCAGGCCGAGGUGGUGCAGGUCCGCCCCCUCUCCGGCCUGCGCCUCCCCCACCACCACCACCACCCGCCAUCUUGCCGGCACUCCCAGUCACCUCAGGUAUGUGGCACCUCAAGCCCCAGCCACCAAUUCACGUGAUGAACAUGGUGCAGCGGCCUAUACUUCCCACACCCACACCCAGACCCAAGCAGACCAGGAAGACCAAGGACCCGAUUGUCACCACAGGGCACCUCACCGCCCUGCCACCCUGUCCCCCCAAGAUUCUGACACCAAUGUUAACAGGAGGCGCCCGUCAACGAACCUUCCACUGCACCGGCAACUGUCCCCUAGGUGGCGGGUCGGUGCCGUGUCUCCAGUGCCUCAAGUGUUUGUGUCUCUUCCACCCGGAGUGCACCUGCAUGCCACCUCCAACUGUAUCAAUCAUCCAGGCCGGCGCCGCUAAGUUCCUCUGUCCGAACUGUUACUGGGAGAACAAGGAGAACAUGGCAUCGAACAAAUGGAUUCCUUCUGAACCAUUUGAACCAUUGGCACACGACCCAAUCUACUCCUCGUCUUCAUCCUCCUCCGACUCAGAGGAAGAGGACAGCCACUCAGGGAAGAAGGUUUGGGUGGAGGAUUACACAAAGGUUUGUCUAAGGCCUGACUCUCCGCCGACACCUCCAUCCUCUCUGUCUCCUUCACACAGCCUUGGUCCGUGGAGAACAGAUGGGAGUGACUCACGGCAAGAUAUGGUCAGUGACAUGCCACAUCCAGCAGCUCCAGGGGAGGUGGUGAGGGGCACACCAGUCAGUGGGCUUCCUCCAAACACCACCACUGUAGGGAGCCAGCUGGUGCAGAUCCAGCAGCAGGGGACUGGGCCAGCCUGCUUCCUGUUGGUGCAGGGCGCAUCUGGCACACCUGGUGGGGAGCUCAUGUCCAUGCCUGGUGGUGGUGGUGCUGUGGGGGUGCCCAAGGGGAUGUCACCCAUCAUCCUGCCAAGGCUUCCAGUACAGCAGCAGCAACAGCAGCAGCAGCAGCAGCAGCAGCAGCAGCAGCUUCAGAUUGCCUCCCCAUUCAUGAUACAGCAGCAGCAAUUCCAGCAGUCUCAGAUACCAGUAAACAUGCCUCCACAGGACACCCUCCAGCAGAAACCAGAAAGACUGAUGGGGAAGCAUUACAAGCAGUACUACAAGGCGAUGAGUCAGUGGGACAACACAUUCCUGGGAGAGCUAAGUCAGAGGUACCUGCUGCUGCGUCACAUCUUCAAGUACCUGUCAGUGAAGGACCUGCUGGUGGCCUCUCAAGUAUGCCUGCUGUGGAGGGACUUGGCCUUCAGCUCCUCCCUGUGGGAGACUGUGAGGCUGAGAAAUGUUUGUGUUAAGGACUGGACUGACUUUGCCCGGUUCCUGGAGCAGAGGAACACAAGGAACAUUGACCUAAGGAAGAUGAGGCUAAGAAAGAAUGCACUGAGUCAAAAGGAGCACAGCAGCACAAGUUUCCAAGCCAUUCCUAAACCCUCUAAGGACAGGAGAAGCAGCUCACAGACAGAGGAAAGGAAAGAGAAGAAAACAGACACUGAGGAAGCAAAAAGAGAGACAAAGCUCAACAGGGAGUCCUCACAAACUCAGGAUAGGAAAGCAGAUGACAACAGCAGAUCCAUUGUUGAUGAGAAGGAUAGAAAUGGCCACAGGAAGGAGAAGAAGGAUGAAGUGGAGGCAGAAGAUGAUAAGAGAAGAGGAGUGAAGCGUAAGAGAAGUAUAGAGGACGCACAGGAGAGCCAAGGCAAUGAGGACCUGUACAUGGAGUGUACUGAGGAAGGGACAGAAAGCAGAGGGACAUCAAGAGGUGACAGUGCCAAGGAAAGUCCAGCAACAAAGCAAGAGGCAGAGGAGGCUGAGUGGCUGGAGAUCUUCACAGCGCUGAGCAACGUGAGGUGCUUGCGAGGGGUGACGUUGCCCUCCUGCCCCGGCCGAGUGCUGCAGCUCCUCCUGGCCUCCUGCAAACACAUCACUUCCAUCAAUGCCAUGGACCUCCGCCACACCCCAGGCUGUGUCAGGUUUGAUCCGGCCUACCUGAUGGAGGCACCGGACCUUGUGGAGUUGCGUGUCGGGUCACCCUCAGGAUUCUCCCUCACCACCAACUUCAACUUCAUCAAGCUGCAGAAACUCAGAGUCCUGGUGAUGCGAGGGCUGAGUGGGGACACCUGGCCUUACUUGGGGACCAACCUCACUACCCUGCAGGUGGGACCUGUGAGGACUUUCUCCCUCAGCACCUGGACCAACCUUGGCAACAUGACCAACCUACAAGCACUGUGGCUAGAAGAUGGAGGCUCAAUAUUAGACUCCAGCAUAUAUGAGGGAUUGAGUCGCCUCACCAACCUGCGUCGCCUCUGCCUCUUUAAUUUCGUGGUGGGGCCCAAGCUGGGACAGGCCCUCAAGAAGUUGCCACGCCUGGAACGCCUCUUCAUCCUCCCUGUCGGUACUGAGGAGGCCAGUGUGAGAAGUCAGAACGGCAACAUGCUGAUGGCACUGGACAUGCUGCGGAAUGUGGAGGAGCUGGUGUGGGGUGUCCAUGCCUCAGAUGUGUUCCUCUCCAAUGGGACUGACUGUAUCCAGAUGUGUCCCUCCAAAGCCAAGGUGUUUUCUGGGAUGAUUGAGAACCCAGAGAGCAGUCUGUGGCCGCUGCCAGAGCUGGAGAAGGUUUUGAAGAGACACUUGCUUCAAUCUAAUGUGCGCAUCAUCAAGCUGGACCCCACAGCUGCCUCACACCUUGCCCUGGCCACACUAUAGGUCCCUUUCUCAGCACACCAGUCAGAACCAGACCUUGUAAGCCUCAUCUCAUUUCACUCUCCCCUCUUAUACUCCUCAGCCUCCCUCCAGUGUACCAUUUAGAACCAGACCUUAUAUGCCUCAUCUCACCUCACUCACCUUGGCCACACUGUAGGUCCCUCCCUCAGUGCACCAUUCAGAACCAGAAGCCUCAUCUCAGCUCACUUGCCCCUCUUAUAGUCCUCAGCCUCCCUCCAACAUACUAAUCAGAACAAGACCUUAUAUGCCUCAUCUCAUCUCACUUGCUCCUUCCCCGCACUUCUGAACCUCUCUCUAGCAUACCAUUCAGAACCAGACAACCAGACCUUUAUAUGCCUAAUGUCAGCUCAAUCAUCCCCUCCUACACUUCUGAACCUCUCUCUAGCAUAUCAUUCAGAACCUUAUUUUGUAUGCUCAAUCUUGACUCACUCAGUCCCCUCUUACAUUCCUGAGCCUCCCACCAACAUAACAUUCAGAGCUUUAUUUUGUACACCUAACUUUCAGUCACUUGCUCCCUCCAGUACUCCAGAACCUCCCUCCAGCAUACAUUUAGAACUUCAUUUUGUAUGCCCAACCUCGCUCAUCCAGCCCCUCCUAGCAGUACGAGUAGUAUUAUGGUACAAUCAUAGUCAGAAAUCCAGUAACUUUCUUUUUUCACCCACUGUGUCUGUGUUCCCUCAUUGAGUCCUGGUGACAAUCUCUAUUGAACCUGAGAACUUAUAGAUUCUGAGCAAACUGAGGGACUUAAGAUUGAAGGAGAAUGAGGAGAAUGGUAAACACAGUGGAAGUGAGUGUAGUUUGUGUUCUGUUCUGUAUACCAGGUCGACAGUCCCACACAGGAUGGCCUAGACAAAGCACCACACACUCACACACAUUACUUGAGUAUCAACCAUGACUACCUUCACUAUCUACCCCUGGUGCAUCAGCUCUCCCUGUCACACCACUGCAUACAGCCACAUAACCACCAGCCAUAUAGUUAGCAUGGUGAGAACUCUACCACUGCUACAUGAGUCACCAUCAGCUGUGCACAAAUACUACAACCACCAUUACUGAUGCUUGGCUGAAGAGUGACUGGCUAACAUGAGUGACUGUAGUAGUGGUUUGUGAUACUGUGGUAGGUUCAUAACCUCAGUUUUUAUACUGUGUGUUGUUCUUGAGGGAUUGAGAAUCAUAUAACUAAUUAUGUUAGGAGUAAUAUUAUGUUCUGUAUGUCUAAAAGUUUUCUAAAAUUUACUUAUAUUUGUCACAUUUCCUGUAGUUUUCUAAAGUUCUCUUGUAAAUAUUCUUAACUCAGUUUAUUUUCCAGAAAUUUGUAUAUUAAUUAAAUUUACAAGAUUUUUUAUUAGGGCAUCAUUUUUUUUUUAUUAUUUAUUUAUUUAUUUUUUUUAUACAUAUACAAUACAAUUUCCUAUUUCUGUUUAAUUUUGAUGUUAAAGUGUCUCGUACAAAAUAUUUGAUAAGUUAUGUAGGAAUAACUAACUUAAAAUGCCCAGUUAAGAUAUGUAAUAGUUUAUGAUUCAGUUAUUUUCUGUCUUUAAAAAGCUACAUAUAAUGGUUAACUUACAUGCCCAGUCAAAUUGAAAUAUGUAGCACUUUCUAAUUCUGUUAUUUUGUCUUUGAAAAAUAACAUUAAUCAGCGAAGGAUAGUUUGAGACACACUACCUUACAGAAUCUUAAUGCUAAUGUAAAUUAUCACAUUUAAUUUGAUACUUAUGAAGGUACAAUGCUAUACCUAAGUUGAUUCAGUGCUGAUAUAGUUUGCUCAGUACAUGUAACACCUGCUGGCAGAUGAAGUGAUGUAGUGGUGGACACAAUCAUAAUGUUAUUACCUUACCAUCCAUAGCCUGUCCUCAAAUGGGAGAUCUGAUCAUGAUUACAUUUAACAGGCUGGAGUGGAAAUUACUGACAUUCUCAAGGGUGUUUUGUGUGACUGGUGAUAGUUUUACAAGACUCUAGAUCAUCAGGAAAAAAAUAAAUCAAUAAAUAAGAUAAACACCUGAUUCUAGUGAAACUUUUAAAAAUUCUCUAUCAUCAGUAAAAAGAAUAAAAGAUAAAUAGAUAAACACCAAUGUGAACCAAUUUCUGUAGCCUGUGAAAAUAAUCAUGAUGAGAGCUCAGUGUUCCAGAAUACACACUCUGGCAAUAUAAAGGGACAUUGAUUCCCUUUUUGUAACCAGAAUCAUCUCCUUCUUAGGAUCUAUCAGCAUCACGAUACAUUUUUAUUUCUAUUUAAACAUGAUUGAUUUAUAUUGUAAAAAAAUACAUUCUUUUUUUACAA